AAGGCAUGCCUUCAGAAAAAUCGCUGACGUUGAGUUCGAAUUUGAUGACGAAGUCGGGCUUAACUUCAUAUUUUGCUACAACGCACUCGAUAGGUGAAUUUACGGGACAUGAAAACGAGUGGGUGACGGUACACAACCAGAAGAUAGCAGAGUAUGGAAAGGAGUAUAGCGAUGAUCAAUUAGACUACGUUCUCGAAACUAUGCCUGGUGCCAUCCAACUCCCGGUUGAUUAG